CUUUUCGAAUGAAAACUAACAAAAAGAGAAGAAAGCACCCGAACUGAGAAAGGGACACGACAUCCAUUGUAGGACUGUGUCCUUUUUAAACAGCUUUGAGUGAUGAGCCCAUUCCUCAACUAUCCGUAAUUAGAGUAAACCAGUCCACCUGAACAUGAGAUUCUGAUUGUGAUUGAAAACCAUAAACCAGUUUCUUCAACCAGAUUGAUAGUCUAGUAGAGAAUCUGUGACUGAUUUGAUGAGAGUGACAUUGAAACCUAGGGUUUUGCUUGAAGGGUUCUCUGAAUAAGAGAAGGGCCCUUUGGUUAUUGAGAGAGAGAGAGUGAGUGGAAAAUGAAGGAGAUAAUAGGAGGGCCGGGGACAGUGAGUGGGUUAUUACUGAGAAUAGGACAAUGCGUUUUUGCUGCAGCUUCAAUUUCAAUCAUGACCUCUGCCAUUGGCUUCUCUUCCUACACUUCUUUCUGCUAUUUGAUUGCAUCAAUGGGGCUUCAACUUUUGUGGAGCUUUGGACUUGCAUGUCUUGACAUUUAUGCUUUGAGGAGAAAGAAAGAUCUCCAAAAUCCUGUCUUAGUGAGCCUGUUCGUCGUAGGUGAUUGGGCUAAGUUAGAGAGGGGCUUGAAGAUUUGCUGUCCAAGCACAGACAUAGCUAGGCUAUUGCUAUUUAUUUUGUUUAGGAGCAUGGUAACAGCUAUGCUAUCACUUGCAGCUGCAUGCUCAUCAGCAGGUGUUGUUGUUCUUUAUGCUAGGGACAUGAACUUUUGCAAGAUCCAUCCAGAUCUUCCAUGUAGCAGGUAUGAGAUUUCCAUACUCUUGGCGUUCAUCACCUGGCUUCAAGUCAGUAUAUCAUCUCAUGUGAUGUUCUGGAUCCUAGCCUCGGUGUAGUUGAUACGUGUGUUUGUUUCCAAGAGUUGCAGAGUACACAAAUGGUAAUAUCUUCUGCUUCACAUGUAAAUUUUUAUCCCACUCUAACAUGCCUUAAUUUUGGACUACUUUCAGGAUUCCCCUGUUUGUUUGCUAUUUGUUAUGAGUUUUCCUUAGGCAAAUGAAUGUUUUGGUUAAUGAUCAUGUAUUCAUUUAAGCUCUCCAUGUCCUCACUUGCUUCCAAAACUUGACCUAAAGUUUGAGCGAACUAUAACAUUUAGAGUUUGGAAA